ACGAGUUCAUGUCCGUCGUCAUCGCUCCGCUUGAACCGGACCUUUCUGCAUUAUCAAAAACUCAACGCCUCUCUCUCUCUCUCUCUCGUAGUAUCUGCUGGUUCGUCACUCAAGGGAAAGUGGUAGGAGGUGACUCGCGUUUAGCCAAGUUCUGGGUUUAUGUGUAUCUGGGUUUCUUGAAUCUGGGUAAGAAAAGGAAGCUUUGUAGAGAGAGAUGUGUAGCUUGUUGAGGAUAACGAUAUAGAGUAGGUGGUGAUUACGGCCCGAUGGAUGGAAGAGUUGGCGAUGUUUACGGCCGGGCCAAUGGGAGAGCGCGCGGCGAUGCGGCAGCCACGGUCUUGCCAGAUUAUGAUCUCGUGAAUAGGCUCAAAAUUGAUGAUGGGUACGAUGGGAGGAAUUCCGUGGGGGGUGCUGUGCCGUUGUCGUCUGAUCUGAAUCUGGCUAGAGUGGCUCCAUCUUUGAGUGCCGUCGACUCGGAAAAGGAGUUGCUUGAGGACUGUGAUUUCAGCGAUGUAGUUCUCAAUUACAUCAGGCUGCCGAGGAGUCCUUCUAUGAGGUCAUCGGUACAAAGUAUCCACCUUCGCUGAAUAGCCACCCGAUAUCUCAUACUGAUAUGAAUCACGAUAGUCCUGCCGAUCUUUCUGCCAUCGAUUUUGGCGACCAAUGCAAUUUAUGUGGUUACCACUCGGUAAAGCCAGGAUGGAGUUGUGAUGUAGGUGAGCCCAGGGCCUCUGUUACUUCUUCCGUUUCGAGUUCCUAUACUUCAGUUAGCUCCUCAAAUAGUAGCAAUAGUCCUAUCACGGAUGGGUUUGCUGAUUAUCCUGUGAGCAUCCUUAGGUUGCCUGAACUUCUAAGUGAAAAAGAAUCGGCGUUUCAUUUCAAGAAAGGCAUUGAGGAGGCUAGUAAGUUUCUUCCAGACAUCAGUUCUCUGUUUGCCGAUUUGGAGAAAAGUAGCUUGUCUUUUAAGAUACCAGAGAAUGAUGCCAUCAAUACUGUCCCAAAGGUGGAGAACACUAUGGGGAGCGGACACCUGAAUAAAUCUAGGGGAAAGAAGAAUCCUCACUCUGAGGAUGUAUGCUUGGAGGAAUCAAGAAGUCACAAGCAUUCAUCACUUUCUACUGAAUCAGCUGUGAGUUCAGAUAUGUUUGAUGCAGUAUUGCUGAGCUGUGUAAAAGAUGAUCCACUUAGUGAAGAGUUGCAGAGUGCGCAGCAGAACGGACAAACAAAAGGGUCAAACGGGGAAAAGGGCCAAUUUAAGAUGCAGGGACGGGAAAAAGACAUGGCUGAUCUGAGAAUGCUGCUGACUCUCUGGCAGUCUGUUGCAGUAGAUGACAGGAGAAGUGCGAAUGAGAUGCUCAAACAGAUAAGACAGCACUCAUCUCCUACUGGUGAUGGAAUGCAAAGGAUAGCGCACUACUUUGCUAACGGUCUUGAGGCAUGAUUAGCCGGUUCCGGAACUCAGUACACUGCCAUCAUGUCUAAACUGACAUCAGCUGCCUCUGCCUUGAAAGCUUUCCUUGCUGCAUGUCCAUUUCCGAAGAUCUCAAACUUCUUCUCAAACAAGACAAUAGUGAAUGUAGCUGAAAAUGCAACCAGGCUGCACAUCAUUGAUUUUGGCAUCCUCUACGGUUUCCAAUGGCCUUGCCUCAUAAAACGUCUCUCAUCACGACCUGGUGGACCUCCUAAAAUUCGGAUAACUGGAAUCGAUCUUCCACAGCCAGGAUUCAAGCCAGCUGAAAGGGUGGAGGAGACAGGGCGCCGCCUGAAGAACUAUGCGAAGACUUUCGGCGUGCCAUUUGAGUUCAAUGCUAUAGCACAGAGGUGGGACACUAUCCAACUGGAGGAUCUUAGGAUUGAUAAAGAUGAGGUCCUCGUGGUGAACUCUAUGUUCAGAUUAAAGAACCUACUCGAUGACACAGUGGUGACUGAGAGUCCAAGAGAUAUUGUUGUGAAUCUAAUGAGGAAGAUGAACCCAGCGGUCUUUAUUCUUGGAGUUACAAACGGGGCCUAUAGUGCCCCCUUCUUUAUCUCCCGGUUUCAAGAGGCUCUUUUUCACUUCUCUACUAUGUUUGAUAUGCUUGAUACGAAUGUUCCCCGUGACAUUCCAGAGAGGAUGCUGAUUGAGAAGUUAUUUGGAUGCGGAGCCAUGAAUGUCAUCGCCUGUGAAGGCUCAGAGAGGAUUGAAAGGCCAGAGACCUACAAACAGUGGCAGGUCCGGAUCAUGAGGGGAGGGUUUAUGCCACUUCCAUUGAAUGAGGAGAUCGUAAAGACGGCAAAGGACAGAGUGAAAUCUGACUACCAUAAGGACUUUGUCGUUGAUGAAAAUGGUCAGUGGCUUCUGCUAGGAUGGAAGGGCCGAAUUGUUCGUGCGUUCUCAACAUGGGGACCUUCCACCAAUCCAUAUUCACCCAAGGCAUGAAGAUGAUAGGACAAGAAGUGUUUCUUAUGGUGGAGAGAGACAUGUUCAGAUAGCUUGAGAUGAUGUGGCGAUUUGCCAAUCCUUUGACUCAUAAAGAACAGAAAUAGGUUAAUUAUGGACGUUACUGCUUAUAUGUUCUUCAUUAGGAGAGACCCUCGUAGGUUUCUGUACAUACGUCGGAAGAUAUCUGGGCAGCACUUGCUUUAGCAGAUUUAUGGCUGUGAUUUUUAGAUAGUUCUCUUUAUGUUAUAUUUUGAUUCCAACAAGUUUUGAAGAUGCACUAAUUUUUAGAAACGCAGACCAUUCAUAGAAUGAUUAGAUAUGCAUUCUUUGAUUAAAUAUCCAUUCUUUCUUUUCAGCGUUGACCGUUGGCUGUUGGCCUUUCUUUGUUCCUUGCUCAUUCUUGAACUUGACUCGAUCAGGUUAAUGAUGUUUGUAAGAUCCAUAUUGGCCAAAGUCAGCGGCAAUGAUCCGCAGUCUGAAUUAGGCUUAAUAUAAGCGGUUCGUUUUUCUUUCUAUAUGCAAUUUGAGAUUUC